CAGUCACCUUCUCUGGAUCAUGCUCUGCUCUGGCCCUCCUGAUCUGAAAUGGGAAUUCUAGGGGCCAAGGCAUGAAAUGCAUGAAUGGACAAAGGACAGCCUCCUCAUGAUAGGCUUCAGCCUCACUCGCCAACUUCAGCGGCCAGCUCAUGCCACCGUGUUCCCUCUCCCUCAACUCUCCAUCAAAAGCUCCCCCUUGUGCACUUCCUCUGUGUCCAUCGUUAUCCUCCAUAGCAGCGGCUAGGCGUCGCCACGACCCGAUGGCCUCCUCCCCCAUCUUCGUCGACCUCCCCACAUUUCUCCUCCUCCUCCUCCUUACCACCUCCGGUCUCUUCUGCCAAGCCACAGGCGCGGUGGCUCCUGGUCCUAAGCCAGCGCCGCUCAACCUCACCGGCAUUCUCGAGAAGGGCGGGCAGUACGGCACCUUCCUUCGCCUGCUCAAAGAAACACAGGUCGGCGAGCAGAUAGAGAGCCAGCUGAACAACUCCUUCAAUGGCCUCACCAUCUUCGCCCCCACCGACAAUGCCUUCAACAACCUGAAGCCCGGCACGCUCAACAGCCUGACGACCCAGGAGCAGGUGUCGCUGGUCCUGUACCACGUCCUGCCCAGGUACUACACCUUGUCCACCUUCGAGACCACGAGCAACCCGGUGAACACGCAGGCCUCCGGGAGCAACGGCGUCUACACCGUCAACAUCACCAGCAGCAGCAACCAGGUGAACGUGUCGACGGGGGUCAACGAGACGCCCGUCAACAACAACCUCCAUCUGGACUUCCCACUGGCGGUGUACUCGGUGGACAAGGUCUUGCUGCCCGCCGAGCUCUUCGGGGCGAAGCCUCCUGCGUCGUCGCCGCCUCCCUCGGUGGCUCCAGAGAAACCCAACAAGGGCUCUCCGGCAGCGGACGGGCCUUCGGCCAGCGCUGAGGCAGCGCCCUCUGCAGCUAGCCCUGAGGGAAGGAUCACAGAAAGGGUUCUGCUUCUGUGGGUCGGGUUGGCGUGCAUGGGGAGUCUUCUCUAAGGAGAGCAUCGAAUGGGUUGUCUGGUUUGCUAUCGUGAGUAAUUUCCUGCAUGCAUUUGUACUCUCAUUUUUAUGAUUUAUGAGUCGAUUUUGUUUCCACUACAA